AUGGGAAAAGAUGAAACUCCCGAAUGGGAGUCGGUAGAUGCCGAGGCCACUGCUAGUGACACGAACCUCCAUGACCAGUCGAAAGACGAUCCUCAUCGGGAUUUGGACAAUGAUCCAUUCGGAAAUGAAGAGAAUAAAGACGUCAAGUAUCGAACGAUGAAAUGGUGGCACUGUGGAAUGCUGAUGAUUGCCGUUAACAUCUCGCUGGGGAUCCUUUCCCUUCCAUCGGCAGUCGCAACUCUGGGCAUAGCACCCACCGCAAUUCUCAUUGUGUUCCUUUCUGGUAUUUCCUGGUACACUGGAUUUGUGAUAGGGCAGUUCAAGCUGCGUCAUCCACAUGUUCAUAGUAUGGGAGACGCCGGUGAGAUUUUGAUGGGCCGCGUUGGCCGUGAAAUCUUAGGAACAGGCCAGCUACUACUACUAAUUUUUUUGAUGUCAAGUCACCUGCUCACCUUCACUAUUUUGAUGAACACUCUGACUAUGCAUGGUACAUGCACUACAGUCUUUGGUGUUGUUGGACUCGUUGUCUGCUUCCUGGGUGCUCUUCCACGGACUAUGGGAAAAGUGUACUGGAUGUCUGUCGCAUCCUUUGCGAGUAUAUUCAUAGCGACUGUAGUCACUAUGGUUUCUAUCGGGGUUGAAGCUGAUGGAACUGCCCACAAUGACGUCGUGAGAGAGACCAGCUUUUACAAGGGCUUCUUAGCCGUGACAAACAUUAUAUUUGCAUACAUUGCGCACGCUACAUUUUUCGGAUUUGUCUCGGAGACGGAGGAUCCACGAACUUUCCCCAAAUCUCUGGCAAUGCUCCAAAUAGUAGACACCGUGAUGUAUCUCGUCACUGCAAUGGUGAUCUAUCACUAUGCAGGCCCGGACGUCAAAUCGCCAGCUCUGUCAUCUGCGGGUCCACUCAUGAAGAAGAUUUGCUAUGGUCUAGCCAUCCCAACGGUCAUUGUUUCAGGUGUUGUUGAGGGCCAUGUUGCUUGCAAGUACAUUUACGUCCGUGUCUUCCGAGGCUCCGAUCAUAUGCAUCAACGCAGCUUUUUGGCAAUUGGAUCUUGGGUAGGAAUUGGUCUUGCAGUCUGGACCGUUGCAUGGAUUAUUGCUGAGUCUAUUCCGGUCUUCAAUGAUCUUUUGAGUCUUAUCAGUUCUUUAUUUGGAAGCAUGCUCUGCUAUGCUUUCCCUGCCCUUUUCUGGCUUCAUAUGAAUCGGGGACAGUAUUUUUCAACUCUAUCGAAAGGUUUCCUGACGUUCUGCAAUCUAAGCAUUUUAGCAAUUGCUUUUGGCAUAUGCGGUAUGGGAUUGUACGUCUCCGGGAGGGCCAUCAAUGAGAGCUCGGAAGGCGGCAGUUGGUCGUGUGCCGACAACAGUUGA